AUGGCCAGAAAGAAGUCUGCUGCCAAGAAGGCAAGAGAAGCCGAGCUCAAAGAAAGCACCUCGACAAUCGCUCCAUCUGAACCAAAACCAGAACAAAAGCCUGAGCCAAAACCAAAAGAAGAACUUUCAGAAGACGAAUCCUCGUCCUCCGAAGAAGAAGACGAAUUCGGAGAUCUCAUAACUGAAGACGUCGAAUCAGGGAUCAACAACGUGUUAGGUCUCCUCAAGAGCAACCCUGAGAAACUUCUUGACCCCAAUGCAAAAUUCUUCAACGAUCCCGAGGCCGAGAAUUACGAGGUGAACAAGAAGGAGAAACCUCUCUACUUGAAGGAUUACCAUCGUGAAAACCUUUUAGCUGGGGGAUACAAGGAUGAGAGCGAAACCGUUGAUGGUGAAAAGUCGUACAAUACUUUACAAAGGGAAGACCGUGAUCAGCUCUUGAUGGAUAUCAAGAAGGCAUUUGACGACGACGAAGACGACGAUGAUGAUGAUUUUUUGCACAAAAAGGAAGCAGAAGUGAAACAAGAUGAUGCUCCCGUGACAAAGUUGCCUGAUCCUUCUAAGGACCCGGACUCGUUCUUAUCAGCCUUCCUUGACAACCAAGCGUGGAUUCCUAAGAAAGGAGACAAGGUCAUCAAUUUGGACAAGAUUGAAGCUGAGGAUGAGGAUGAGUUCGAUAACGCCGUUGAUUCGUUUGAACAUGCUUAUAAUUUCAGAUACGAAGAUCCUAAUGCGGCUGAGAUUGUCAGUUAUGCUCGUAAUCAAGCAACUUUGAGACGAUCAAAGACAAACUCGCGUAAGAGACAACGUGAAAAGAAACUCGAGCAAAAGGAACAGGAAGAACAAGAGAUAAAUGAAAUGGUCAAGAAGAAAAAGACCAGCAAGUUGAAUAAAGUUAUGGAUAGAUUGAGUAAGAUUAAGGAGGCUGUUGGUGAUCAAGUUAGUGAUGAGGUUAUUGAAAAGGUGUUUGGGGAUUCGUUAUUACAGGAAGACUUUGACGAUGCCGAUUGGGAUAGCAAGAUGGCCGAGAUCUUCAAUGAGCAGUACUAUGAUGCUGAGAAUGUCAAGCCUGAAUGGGAUGAGGAUGAUGAAAUAAUGGGCGAGUACUACGAGAAUGAACAAGACGAUGAAGAAGACAAAGAAGAAGAAGAAGAAGAAGUAGCUGAGCCCGUUAGUAAAAAAUCCAAGAAGGACAAGCUCAAGGAAAAGAAAUCAGCCAAGAAAGAAAAGGAAUCACUUAAAGAAAAAGCCCAACAGAUAAUCGAAGCCAACACAUUGAAAAUCAUUGAUGAAGUCGAAGAAGAACGUGGUCGUCUGAAGAACAAGGACGAAGUCAAAUUCAAAUAUAGAGAGGUCUCACCGGAAUCAUUUGGAUUAACCACCAGAGAUAUCAUCUUGGCUGAUGAUAAGCAGUUGAAUUCAUUUAUUGGUAUCAAGAAGUUCGCUCCUUAUAGACCAAAGGAACUUAGACUCAAGGAUAAACGGAAAUACACCAAGAAGAAGCAUUUACAAGAAUGGAGAAAGGAAGUUUUCCAUGACAAAAAUGGCCCUAGAGUACCUGAAGAAGCCAAGGAGAAUGAAAUCUGGAUUCCCAAUGAAGAUGCCAUCAAGGAAACUCGUAAAGAAAAGAGAAAGCAUAAACAAAAGUAG